ACUAUCAAGCAUGGUGAAAAAGGCCAAAGGAAAGUUCAGCAAAGAAGCCAGAAUCUCCCAGAGGAAGCGAGAGGCCGAAGAAUUGGUCAAAUUACACCAAGAGGUAGCCGAGUACGACCCGGCUUCCAAGGAUGCGGAAGUAGCUCAGUUUAGCCAUCUUCCUAUCUCUCAAAACACUUUAAAAGGAUUGACAGAUUCCAGUUUCAUGAAAUUGACAGACAUCCAAAAACGCUCGAUUCCCUACGCCUUAAAGGGUGAAGAUAUCAUGGCCACCGCCAAAACUGGCUCUGGAAAGACGUUAGCAUUUUUAAUUCCCACGAUGGAAAUAUUGUUGAGAAACAAUAUCACUGAAUUCGAUGGGUUGGCCGCCUUGAUCUUGUCUCCAACGAGAGAAUUGGCCGUCCAAAUCUUUGAGGUAUUGAAGAAAAUCGGGGCCCACAAUCAGUUUUCAGCUGGGUUGGUCACAGGAGGAAAAGAUGUGAAAUAUGAGAAGGACAGAGUCUCAAGGAUGAAUAUCUUGGUAGGAACUCCAGGAAGAGUCGCCCAGCAUUUAAACGAGUCGGUGGGAAUGGAAACCUCUAACUUGCAAGUAUUGGUGUUGGAUGAAGCCGAUCGGUGUUUGGACAUGGGAUUCAAGUCUCAAAUCGAUAAUAUAGUUGGCCAUUUGCCCAAGACCAGACAAACCCUACUUUUUUCUGCCACCACCACUGACAGUGUCAAAGACUUGGCAAGAUUAUCGUUGACAAACCCCAGGAGAAUCGGCGUGUCUUCCGACAGUGACAUUUCAGCUACUCCUGAUUCAUUGGAUCAGUAUUAUAUCAAGAUUCCAUUGGAAGAGAAAUUGGAUGUGUUGUGGUCUUUCAUCAAAUCCCACUUGAACAGCAAAAUCUUGGUGUUUUUCUCAUCUUCUAAACAAGUGCAGUUCACUUAUGAAACGUUCCGGAAAUUGCAGCCUGGGAUUUCAUUGCUAAAGCUAUACGGUCGUCAUAAGCAAACCGCACGGUUGGAAACCACCACCAAAUUUUCCCAGGCACAACACGCUUGUCUUUUUGCAACUGAUAUCGUGGCCAGAGGCUUGGACUUUCCUGCCAUUGACUGGGUGGUGCAAAUUGACUGCCCAGAAGACGCUGCCACUUAUGUCCACAGAGUUGGAAGAGCUGCUCGUUUUGGCCGAGAAGGUAAGUCCCUAUUGAUGUUAUUGCCAUCGGAAGAAGAAGGGUUCCUCAAGAGAUUGGAAAACAUGAAAAUUGAUAUCAAGAUGAUGAACAUCAAGCAGAAAAGCAAAAAAACCAUCAGACCUCAACUUCAAUCUUUAUGUUUCCAAGACCCAACCAUAAAGAACUUGGGGCAAAGAGCAUUUAUUUCCUAUUACAGGUCCGUUUACAUCCAGAAAGACAAAGAUGUGUUCAAGGUAGAAGAACUACCUACGGAAACAUAUGCUGCGUCGUUGGGAUUACCUGGGGCCCCCAAGAUAAAAAUAAAGGGAGGGGCCUCGUCCAAAGAAAAGAAGAAUGAGUCCAGAAAGUUGCAGAUGCUCGCUAAGACCGACGAAAAUGGUGACGAGAAAGAAGGUAACAAGAAGGUCAGAACCAGGUACGACCGGAUGUUUGAAAGAAAGAACCAGACGGUCUUAUCUGAUCAUUACUUGAACAUGACAGGAUCCAAGAAAACCAAAGAUUCUGACGAAGAGGAUUCUGAUGAAGAAGAGGAAUUUAUGGUGGUUAAACGUAAAGAUCAUCACUUAUACGAAGAGGAUUUACCCGAUGCCAGCAUCCCCGUAUCAAAGAGACAGGCGAAAAAAGCCCUUUCCAAGAAAUUGAGCGUAGCGACCAAAGGAAACCCCACGAAACUUGUAUUUGAUGAUGACGGAAAGGCUCAUCCAAUCUAUGAGUUAGAAGACGAAGAAGACUUCAAGAAGGCUGGUGAUGCCAAUGUGCAAAAGGAACAGUUUGUUACCAAGGAAAGUGAGUACAUGGGUGUUGCUGAUGUCCAGGAUAAGUUAACAGCCCGAGAAAAGAGAGAUGAAAAGAAAAGACGGAGAAAGGAAAUCGAAAGAAGAGCCAGGGAAGAAGGAUACGAGGAUAGUGAUGAUGAAGGUGAAGCGGUCUACCGUCUCGGAGACCCCGAUCUUGACCAAGAUAUGGAAUAUUCUGAAGCUGAAGCUGAAGAGCCUCAAGCCAAAAAGCCUAAAUGGUUCCAAACUAACGAUAAGCGUGAUGAAACUGACAAAUUUGUUGAAGUUGAUCAACCAGACACUUUGGAAGAUCUUGAAGCGUUGACUGCCAGAUUAAUAGGCAACUAGUUAAUAGACAAAAUACACGAUGCAUUUAUU